AGCCGUCCAGAUUCAGAUCUUGACGGCGAAAGAGACGCUACGCGGUGGCGGGCACCGACCUAUCUCUGUCCCAACCUGGUCUUCUUCGAAGAUAGAAAAAAUCAACAGUUUCUCCUUCCAUUUCACCUUAACCGCGCUCUCUCAUGUCGAUACAAGGUCGGCUUCUCGACGUCACAGUUGUGGGAUGCUCCAAGCUGAAGGAUACCGAGUGGAUUUCUCGCCAGGAUCCAUACGUUUGCCUCGAGUAUGCCACCACCAAGUUCCGCACCCGCACAUGUACUGAUGGUGGGAAGCACCCUACAUUCCAGGAGAAGACCGUCAUCCCCUUAAUCGAAGGCCUCCGCGAGAUCUCCGUCGCCGUCUGGAAUAGCAAUACCAUCACAUUCGACGACUUCAUCGGAAGCGGCCGGAUUCUGCUACAUAAGGUCCUCUCCCAGGGGUACGACGACUCCUCUUGGACGCUUCAGACUAAAUCCGGCAAAUUCGCCGGAGAAGUGAAGGUAAUCAUGCACUUUGCCGGCGCUUAUCAGCAGCAGCAGCAGCAGCACGGCUACCAACAACACAACUCCCAGGAAUCAAAUUAUCCGACGAGCACACUGCAGCCUUACAUGCCUAUGGCUCCACCUGCUUCUUCUUCCUAUGCUCCGCCUCCCCUCUACCCUCCGACGAUGAACCGAUACUCUGCCCCAAGUUCAGGUUACCCGUCUGCUUACCCGCACGCUCCGUAUCCAUCGUCCACUUACCCUCCUUCGCCAUACCCACCUACUUCUUAUCCACCUGCCCCCUAUCCGCCUCAGCCAUACCCUCAUGCCCCAGGAAAUCCCUACAACGCUCCAGGGGCUUACUCGGGAACUUAUCCUCCGCCAUCUUAUUGAAGGAUGCGUGGAUGAUGAUACGUGUUUGGCCAGUGUACGAAGUAGACAUGGAUUGAAGAUAUGCUCUGUUUUGCAGAAGGUUGUUCCAGUGUUUUAAUUGCUUGUCUAGUUCUUUAAAUUUAUUUGCAAUUUUAACUUUGUAGAAUUGUUUGCUUGCUCUACAAUAUUUAAAUUGACGCAGUGAAUGGUUUAAGUCUCCAUUUUUUACCACCAAUUUGUGAUCUACUUGAAACAAACU